CUAGCAUUGAUCACCAUGCCUGAGCCCGCCAAGUCCGCGCCCGCCCCGAAGAAGGGCUCCAAGAAGGCCGUGACCAAGGCGCAGAAGAAGGACGGCAAGAAGCGCAAGCGCAGCCGCAAGGAGAGCUACUCGGUGUACGUGUACAAGGUGCUGAAGCAGGUGCACCCCGACACGGGCAUCUCGUCCAAGGCCAUGGGCAUCAUGAACUCGUUCGUCAACGACAUCUUCGAGCGCAUCGCCGGCGAGGCGUCCCGCCUGGCGCACUACAACAAGCGCUCGACCAUCACGUCGCGGGAGAUCCAGACGGCCGUGCGCCUGCUGCUGCCCGGGGAACUGGCCAAGCAUGCCGUGUCCGAGGGCACCAAGGCCGUCACCAAGUACACCAGCUCCAAGUGAGCGAGCUCCUAUUUGGCUGCGAUAACCCCAAAGGCUCUUUUCAGAGCCACCACUUUUUCCACUGAAGAGCUGUGGAUGCGUUUGCUCUCCA